AUGAAUUCCAACUUAGUGAAAACUAGCUCACUAAUUAUAAUACUAAUUUUAGAAAUAAAUAACAGUCUUUAUUACAUUGGUCAACAUGGAAAGAAAGGCGAAAAACGAUCAGUACCAAAAAAAGCAAAGGUACUAUUUAACAGGGAUGAGAUUGAUCGUGUACUUAAUGAUAUCCAUGGCAAUGGCUUGUCUGGAGGGCACAUGGGUGAGAAGCGCACUCAGGCAAACAUCUCAGAACGCUUUUAUUGGAGAUCAAUCACAGAAGAUGUAAAGGAGUUUAUUGCUACUUGCCCUCAGUGUCAGAAGACCCAGAAGAUCAAGACAAUGGUGCCUGAAUUAAAGCCAAUUUAUGCUAAGCAACCAUGGGAACUUGUUGGUAUUGACCUGAUUGGUCCAUUUAAAGAAACAUCAUCUGGUUUCAAAUAUGUCCUGUCAGGGACAUGCCUUUUUUCAAAGUGGGUUGAGGCUGAGCCUAUAAAGUCGAAAUCAGCAGAAUGCAUCUAUCAAGGCUUGGUGAAGUGGAUCCACCGCUGGGGUGCCCCACUAAAAAUUUUGAGUGAUCAAGGGAAAGAGUUCAACAAUAAAAUGCUGAACGAUUUAAUAUUCCAAAAGUUUAAUAUCCGUCAUCUUGUUACUGCUGCAUAUCAUCCACAAACAAACGGUCAAGAUGAGCGAACCAAUGGUACCCUAAAACGUCAUCUGUCAAAGAUGGUUAAUGAACAGCAAGAUGACUGGGACAUGUUCGUGGAACAAGCAUGCUGGGGUGUUCGUUCGUCAUACAAUGAAUCAACCAAACAUACCCCCUAUGAAGUGAUGCAUAUAAGAAAGCCUCGAUUCCCAUCUGAACUGCCUGAGGAAGAAGAAGAAAGCCUUACUCCAAUAAGCCUUGAAGAACCCACCCCUAAUGAAGUGGCUGACUAUGUUAAAAACAAACAGGAACAGCUCAUGACAGUGGAAGCCAAGGUUACUGCUAAUAACACACUGGCUAAAGAAAAAAUGAAAAAAUAUUACAAGUUGAAGAAAAUGAAAGGAUUCAAAGCCUAUAAAUUUCAUAUUGGCCAAGCUGUCAUGAAAGCUAACCCAAAGAAACUUGGAGGCAGAAAGGGUGACCGUAUGACACCUGAUUGGCUUAGUGGCUAUGUUGUAGAGUCAUUGACAGAUCAACAUGCUGUACUGCGUAAUAUCAAGACCAACAAGGUUCUGAAAAGUGUCAGCCUUGUUCACGUCAAACCUUUCAGAGAAAGAGGUGUUCCUGGCGAAGAUGUGGAAAGUGCUGAUGAGGUGGAUAGUAUUGGUGAUGAGAUGGAUGACAAGGGUGGUGUUAGUGACAAGGUUGGUGUUAGUGGUAAGGUUGGUGUUAGUGGUAAGGUUGGUGUUAGUGGUGAGGUUGGUGUUGGUGACAAGGUUGGUGUUAGUAAUGAGAUUGGUGUUAAUGCUGAGGUUAAAGUUAGUGGUGAAGAUGGUGUAAGUGGUAAGGUUACUGGUAAGGUCACUGGCAAGGUUGUUGAUGUUAAAGUUGCUGGGAAUGACUCUGAUGAGGUUGCCAAGUUCUCUGUUCAGGUUGAACGCCUUAAGCUAUUGGCUAACAGAGGUAAACAACUGUGUGAGCCUUAUCUUGAUUUUGGGCCAGUUCAAUUGGCAAGGAGAGACAUAUGGUCCCUCAUACCACCGCAAGAGGUUCCAUCUCAGGAGUUAAAGCUGUUGAAACAAGAAGUUCCUGAUUAUACGCCUGGAUGGUUAUCUGAUAGGGUCAUUGAUGCUUAUUUUUGGAGUCUGACAGAGGAGACACAUGGAACUGCCUUUGCUGCUGAAUGUUAUAUUUCCCAGAUAGUCCAAGCCAAUUCUAGUACUAGACGUACAUGGUCUGAUAUUGACUUCAGUUUGGUUGAGAAGAUCCUGUUUCCCAUCAACUUUACUGGAAACCACUGGACAUUAUUGUUGUUGGACAAAAAUUUGGAGCAACGAUUAUACAUUGACUCCCUUAAGAGUGGAAAACCAUCAAAAGCAUUGAUGGAUCAUAUUAACAAAUUAAGUGAUUUAGUUCAUAUCAAGACCAAAUGGAAUGCAAGGUCAUGGAAAUGUUUGCAACCUAGCCACUGUAAACAGCUUGAUAGCUAUAACUGCGGUAUAUAUGUUUGCUAUUUUGCACAAUGUCUCAUCCAAGGGGCAAAUAUGACGAAGAAACUUCGACCAGUUGAUUUGGCUAUUCAACGCCAACACAUAUUUGAAACCAUAUGUGGGUCAUGCUACGAUGACAUUGACAGUGGACGAAAUGCAAGUGUCUGCAAAAUCUGCAGGGGGGAUGGUGGAGAUGACUGGCUGGGUUGUGACAGAUGUUGUCAAUUUUUCCAUGCAAGCUGUAUUGGUGUGGACUUUGCAACUGCCCUUGCAGAAAACUUUUAUUGUUAAGCUUCAUUAGAGUGUUUAGAAAUUUUUUUAUGUAUUUUAUUAGAAAUGUAGUACUUGUGCCUGUACAAAUUAAGUGUAAAUAUAUAGUUUAAUUGUAAAUAACUAACCUCUGGAUGUAAAUAAUUAUGUAAAUGCAGUUGCAAGAAAUUAAGAUAAUAAUAGUAAUGAGUUUGAAUAUUUCUUUAAUGUCAUUGUUGAAAGUAUAAAUAAUACCAUCACAGGUUAAUAAAUCACUAUCAUGAAUGUCCUGAAUAGUACUAUUGCUGUCUGACA